AUGGCUUCGAUAGCGCCGCAGCGCUCUCGCCCUUCGAGUAGUCCAGCGGCUCCAACCAACAACACAAGUAACAUCCCAGCCACCUUCUCACCGCACAUCGCCCAUCUCCUCAACACCCUCCACGCCGAAUCACUGGCCCAAGAGCACGCCAUCGACAAGGCCCGUUGGUCAUCCAUUCGAGCCCAACUCAAGUCCGCCAAUUCGUCCAAGGACCACGACAACGCGACCCAGCAAAUGGACGAGCUCAUGCUAGACAAGUUCAUCGCGCUGGACCAGGACAAGUGUCUCUUCAUCUACAACACGCUCCUCGCGAUCGGAGCGGAGGUAGUGGUGGAGGCGGGCACGAGUUUCGGCGUGAGCACGAUCUACUUGGCGCUGGCUGUGGCGAAGUGUGGUGGACGGGAUUCGCGGCCGAGGGUCAUUGCUACGGAGAAGGAGGAGCAGAAGGCUGAGAAGGCGAGGGGGAUUUGGAAGCAGUGCGGGAUGGAGGUGGAGGACGUGAUUGACUUGAGGGUGGGAGAUUUGCAGGAGACGCUGAAGGAGGACUUGGGUGGGGAUGGGCAGUUUGUGGACGCAUUGUUACUGGAUAUCUGGCCGUAUGUCGCCGUCCCAGCACUCAAGCUAGUGCAGUCUAGGAUGAGACGAAACUCUGUCGUCUUCGUCGACAACACCAUAUCGUCACGAGAGGGCUACCAGGAGCUUUUGUCAAUACUGCGCAAUCCCAGCGGACCAUGGAGAUCGGUCACACUGCCAUUCAGUGGUGGGCUAGAGAUGGCAGUAUACCAGCCAUAA